AUGGCUUCUCAAUGGCGGAGAGACAACGACGAUGGUCCUGCUGAUCGGUCCCCACACUUUUUCAAGAUUAUUCUGCAGAAUGCUGUUCAGGAAGGAAAGCUUGGAUAUAAGCGCAUGGUAGAGAUUGAGGAAAAAUAUGAAGGAAAUUCACAGUUUAAUAUAUAUUCUUUUGGAGUGGACCUGUCAAAUCGGAUUCCAGAUAAGUUCGUGCAGAAAUUUGGAGUGGACCUGUCAGAUAUGGCCUUUCUCACUAUUCCAAAUGGUAGAAAAUGGAAAGUCGAGUUGGCACAACAUGCUGGGGGGGUUUGGUUUCAAAAUGGUUGGUCCGAAUUUGCAAGCUCUCAUGGUGUAGCCGUGGGGCACUUGCUGGUUUUCAAAUAUGAAGGAAAUUCACAGUUUCAUGUACUCAUAUUUGAUGCCACUGCAACAGAAAUAGACUAUACUUUAGACGACGAACAACAUGUACAUCAUAGGAUCGAAGAUGAUGAGAGUGAUGACAGCUCUGUUGAAAUCAUCAAACACUUUUAUAGGGGAGAGGGUUCAGGAUCAGCCCAUCCUAAGAAAGACGGUGGUGUAGCUAAAAAUCUUGUUAUAGCCAAUGCUUUUAAAUCAGAAAAUCCCCUUUUCACUGUUACCAUGCGUCCAUCCUACAUUAAUGGCAAGGAUCGUGCGAGUUUACCCCAACACAUUAUCAACUACUUACCAAGAGACGGGUUUACCAAGGACUACACCAAAGCAAGUAUACUCCCUGUCAAGCUCCAGAUUGUGGACCGAUUAUGGCCUGUGAAGCUAUACAUUUAUGAACGAAGUGGGGGUUCAUCAUGUGUCGUAUCAGCUGGUUGGUCUGCGUUUGUGAGGGAAAAUAGUUUGCAAGUAGGAGAUGUUUGCGUAUUUGAGCUGAUUAUGAGGGACGGUGUUGUGUUAAACGUCCACAUUUUCAAGUGCCAAGACUAA